AUGACUGAGCAAAUAACCGCGGAGAACUGCUAUGAAAUCCUGACCGCAGCCAAAAAACAAGGGCUCGAUGACCUGAAAGAGAAGGCUUACAGGUUCAUGAGCGACAACUUCUUGCAAAUAUUACGGGACCCGGCAGUCUAUGGGCGUCUUACAGGGGGAGAGAGAGAGAUGAUUCUCUCAAUUCGGAUGGGCGGAACGCAAGCCCUAAUGGUGGCCGAAAUCAGCGAAGUCUAUGACCGCAUCGGGAGCAGACCUCCCAGCCGCGAGAGCAGUCGUCCACAGAGCCCGUUAUCUGUUGUGUCUUUGGAAGAAAAUUACAUGAUACAGUAUUAUAACGAGGCGGCUAAAAAUUGGAAAGGCUUGACGAGAAUGCCAGAUGAUGUCAACACGAAAGGCUGUGGGAUAUGUACCAUGUACAAUUACCUUUUCGUGGCAGGUGGGAUAAAGGGACACGGCGAGAAAAGCAAGCUCUCAGAUAAAGUGUUUUGCUACAACCCGGCCACCGACACUUGGAGUGAAAUUAGACCACUGAACCAGGCUCGAUCGCAGCUCAAACUAGUGUCGAUGGACGGUUACCUCUACGCCAUCGGCGGGGAGUGUUUGUUCACCGUGGAGAGGUACGACCCUAGAAUGGAUCGAUGGAGUUACGUAGCCCCUCUACCCAAAGGAGCAUUCGCCGUGGCGCACGAGGCAACAACCUGUAACGGGGAGCUGUAUGUCUCUGGCGGAUCUUUGUUUUAUCGCCUUCUGAAAUACGAUUCCAAACGGGACGACUGGAUAGAGUGCCCUUACAACAACAGCAGGAAAAAAUCUGCAGAUAUGGUAGCGCACAGAAACUUUAUCUACAGAUUUGACGUUAACCGCGACCGCGGUGUUAGUGUGUUCAGAUAUCACACCGUGGCGAAGAUAUGGCGAGAAACCGCGACCUUGCCACGGAGCAACCCUAUCCCAUUUAGAUGUGCUGUCGUUAACAACUGCAUUUACUGCGUCAACAAAUCGGAGACGUUGCAGUUCAUUGUGGAAGACGAGGAGAAUGCGCACUUUGGAGCGGAGACCCUCAAAGCUCCACCUGAGGCGAAAGGUGCACUGUUCCCUUUUGUGCUGUGCCUCCUUCAUAAAGCUUAA